AUGCCACCACAUCCUAAUAACAAGGAGACCGAUUCCCCCCAGCAACAUCGCAUGGGAGAACAUUGGAGCGGGGCCAACCCCGUCCCUACAAUCUCCAAGUUCAUGGAGCGUCUGGAUCAGGAGAAACAGCAACAGGCGGCAUAUGAGAAGGCCAUGACGGCCAGGGAGCGACAAGCUCAAGGGGGCCCUGUUGCUCACCAACCGCGCAAGAAACCCAAGGGGAAAACUCGCGUGGUAACGGACCCGAUCACUGGCAGAGAUAUGGAAGUAGAAGACCAGGAUGGACAGUCGAUGGAAGCUGUUAAGGAUCCAAAGUUGGUUGUACCGAAUGCCAACCUAGGAAAACCAACAGAUAUCAAAACCGAUGCCCAUCAGAAUCUGUCCGACUACAAGGAGAACCAAGACAUCACAGCACCCCCGGACCCCAUCGCCGCAGGAACCACGUCCGACGUACCGAUUCACGGCGAGAAAACGAACAUCCUCUUCCAUCCCACGCCAACUGUGUCGUACAAGCCUAUGUUUGAUGAACUGGAAAAGCGCGCGUCUGCCGUCUGUGUGGGCAUUCUGCUAGGAGUUAUCUUCCUGGGCCGGUUGUUUGGUGGAUCGCUCUGGGGACUGGCGCCCUUGGCCAUCUGUACAUCGGCUGGUGUGUGGUUGUGGAUGAAAGAGGUCAUUCGAAGUGGUCGGGAAAUGGAAUGGAGCAGCGAGCAGCUGCGAGGGCAAACUGCCACGGCCAAUUUAUUGCCGGAAUCCGUCGAAUGGAUGAACACCUUCCUCGGCUUGGUCUGGAACCUGGCAAACCCUGAAAUGCUGGCUCCGGUUGCCGACACAAUUGAGGAUAUCAUGCAAGCCUCUGCGCCUGGGGUCGUCGAAAAUGUCCGCAUCGCCGAAAUCGAUCAAGGGAACAAUCCCCUUCGUAUUCUGAGUAUGCGCGCGCUCCCCGAUGAGCACGUACAGCAACUCAAAGACAACAUUCGCGAAGAGAACAUGAAGAACAAAGACCCUCAAGAGGCAGCGGCUGCGGAAGAAGGUGGUAGCUACUACAAUCUCGAGGCCUCGUUCGCGUACCAUGCAAAACCGAGUGGUCAGAGCGCCUCGUCCAAGGCGCGCAACAUGCACAUGCAGAUUAUGUUUUAUCUUGGUAUUCAAGGUCUAUUUGGAGUGCCCUUUCCGGUUUUCGUCGAGCUCAUCGAGUUAGUGGGCACUGUGCGCUUAAGACUGCAGAUGAUGCCAGAGGCACCGUUCUUGAAGGAGGUCACCUACAGUCUUGUUGGCAUUCCUCAUGUACGGGCUGGGUGUAUGCCCAUGGUCAAAAGCGGUGUUAACAUCCUCAAUCUUCCCCUAAUCUCCAACUUUGUCAACUAUGCUAUUGGCACCGCCUGCAGCCUGUUCGCCGCCCCCAAGUCGAUGACCAUGGACCUGAGUAUGUUGCUCAAGGGCGAUGAUAUCCUCAAGGAAACCCAGGCCAUUGGCAUCAUGUGGGUUCGAAUCCACCGUGCCAUCGGAUUAAGCAAGCAGGAUAAACGCGGCAGUUACGGUGGUGGCAGUGACCCUUACAUCAAUCUUUCGUUCUCGAAGUACGGCAAGCCUAUGUAUUGCACUCGAGUCAUCACCGAUGAUCUGAAUCCGGUUUGGGAAGAGACAGCAGCUUUGCUUGUGACCCCCGAACUGAUCAAGGCCGACGAAAACCUGAGCGUUGAGCUGUGGGACUCGGACCGCAACACGGCCGAUGACAUUGUCGGCAAGGUGGAACUUCCCAUUCGCGAGAUGCUCCAGCAUCCCGGCCGCAUGUAUCCCCAAGUCUCUAAGCUGCAGGGUCUGAAUGAAGGUACUGAGAUGCCUGGUGAACUCCAUUGGGAGGUUGGCUUCUUUGGAAAGCCGAAGCUGAGACCGGAAUUGCGGACUGAUGGCAAGAAGAAGGAUCUCCCUGAGAAUCUUCAAGACAUUCCCGAAUUCCAAGAUGAAAAGGGCACUAUCAUCACUGAGGAGGAAGAUGCAGUCACGCAUACGCCUCCCGACCCCCUGUGGCCCAGUGGUAUUCUGAGCAUCGUGGUCCAUCAGAUUGUGAACCUGCAACUCGCCAACAUCAACGGUAGCAAUGGCAACCGCAAGGGCAGAGAAUACGAGCCAGCGAAAUCUUAUGGUGAGAACACUGAGGAGCAAGGCAAGGAACUGCCCACCAGCUACUGCAAGAUCCUGCUCAAUGACGAACUGGUAUAUCGCACCCGUGCAAAAGCAGUGAGCUCCAAGCCAAUCUUCAACGCUGGAACUGAGAGGUUCGUCCGUGACUGGCGGUCAGCCAUGGUUACUGUGACAGUCCGGGACCAGCGGUACCGCGAGCACGACCCAAUCCUGGGCGUGGUGCAGCUGAAGCUCAGCAAUCUUUUCGAAAAGAGCUCGCAGGUUACCAGAUGGUAUCCCCUCGAUGGCGGUAUUGGCUUCGGCCGGAUCCGUAUCUCGCUGCUCUUGCGGCACGUCGAGACCAGUUUGCCUCCGAACAUGCUUGGAUGGGAUGUUGGCACAUUCCACUUUGCCUCAGAUAAAAUCACCUUGCAGGGCUACAACCACAGGGCCAAGAUCCGAUUGCGCACCGGUGGCAGUAGUGGAAAGAUCCCGCGACGCCUCUGCCAUGUGGAGGGAAACAGCUCCUACUUUGACCUGAGUGACGAGAGCUUCCGACGAAGCAUCCGGCUGCCUGUCAAGCACCGCUAUCGCUCUCCCGUAGUAUUUGAGCUCCACACGCAAGGCAAACAUUCCGCGGCGGGCUACGCGAUCCUCUGGCUGCAGCACCUCGUAGACAACGAAGACACCGUCAUCGACUUGCCUAUUUGGUCGACAAAGAACGGUGAGCGGCUGACACAGAACUACAUCACUGAAGGGAACUGGAAAGCCAAGGAGAGACCUGGGCUCGAGGAUCUUCACGAGAUCGGCCGCCUGCAGCUCCGGGGCGUCUUCACUCCUGGUAUCGACGACUCCCAUGAGCAGUACGUGGUGGACAGUAACUCGCGUGAGACCUUUGAGACCUGGGAAGCAUGCAUGGCGGAAGGAGUGCGGCCGCACCGUAUCACCGCUGAAAUCCCCGAGGAUCUGGAGAAGCUCCACGAAGAGUCCCUGCGGGCCGGCCGCGACGUGCUGAAGCAGAGUCACCCCCGGGAGCGCAAGCGAUGGAUCGACAAGCAGGGCCACGACUGGAGCGGGGCAUUUGGCGACGACCCGGCCGCCUAUCUCGACUCCAAAGGCCGCAAGAUCGCUGAACCAGGCCGCGACCAACCCGCCUACGACCCCGUCAACCCACCCCAGACGGAAGUUGAGCAAAGCGGGGCCGCCCACCUCAGCAUCAGCGAAGAAUCUUCGGUUGACUCGGACAAGGAGCACCUCCCACCGCAGCCGCAGCCGCAGCCGCAAUCACAGCUACAACAAUCGUCACAGCAGCCGCCCCAGCAGCGACUGUCCGACCCCCAAAGCCUCACCGACAGCACCUCGACACAGUACAGCGAGGCCGGCUCAAGCGUUACCUCCUCCAAGCGGGCCGCCAAGCGCAGCGAACAGCGGCAGCAGCGCGGCAUGAUGCAGUGGAAGCCGGCGCGCAACGCCGUGUUCGCCCGCGACGAGGCCAAGUUUGCACUGCGGAAGGUGAAGCACAAGUUCACGGGCAGCCUGAGCGGCCGCGAGCCGGACAUCGAGACCGAGACGGGGCAGUAG